CAUUGGUUCUUCACGUGGCCUAAGUGCGCUGUGUAGACCAGACCUUGCUUCUCUCUUGACCGCCUGAAGUAGUUCCUCGACGGAAAUUUCUUCAGCAACCUCUUUGCUUCCUGUAGACGGAAAACUCUUGGAAAAAUGGUGUCUUGGAACAACCCAGCAAGCAUGCUUCCCGAAGGGAUACUUUCGACCAACCCAUUCGGUAACUAUACCGUCGUGGAUGCGGCUCCGAAAGAGCUGCUGCACAUGGUUGACUCUCACUGGUACCAAUACCCCCCACUCAACCCUCUGUGGUACGGACUCUUGGGCUUUGCCAUCUUCGUCCUCGGAAUGCUCUCCAUCGUCGGAAACGCUGUCGUCAUUUGGGUCUUCAUGAACACGAAGAGCCUUCGAUCGCCCGCCAACCUGCUCGUUGUCAACCUCGCCGUCUCCGACUUCUGCAUGAUGUUCACCAUGUUCCCGCCCAUGGUCGUGAACUGUUAUUACCACACGUGGUCUUUCAGUCCCUUCUUCUGCGAGCUGUACGGUUUCUUUGGAUCACUUUUUGGCUGCAUUUCCAUCUGGACCAUGAUUUUCAUCACCAUCGACCGCUACAACGUCAUCGUGAAGGGUGUCUCCGCCGAGCCUCUGACUAGCAACGGUUCUCUCAUGCGAAUCCUCUUCGUGUGGGUCCUAUCUCUGGUGUGGACUAUCCUUCCCUUCUUCGGAUGGAACCGAUAUGUGCCUGAGGGUAACCUGACUGCUUGUGGAACUGACUACCUCACCGAAUCUUCUUUCUCCCACUCUUAUCUCUACAUCUACGGUACAUGGGUGUAUGUCCUCCCCUUGGUCAUCAUCAUCGGUGCGUACUCCCAGAUCGUUUCUGCCGUGUUUGCCCACGAGAACCAGAUGCGCGAGCAGGCCAAGAAGAUGGGAGUGAAGUCCCUACGAAGCGAAGAGGCCCAGAAGACUUCCGCUGAGUGCCGACUCGCCAAGGUUGCCCUCAUGACCGUCUCUCUCUGGUUCAUCGCCUGGACCCCGUACUUGGUGAUCAACUUCGCCGGUAUGAACAACAAAUCCAUGAUUAGCCCACUUUUCACCAUCUGGGGAUCUCUGUUCGCCAAGGCCAACGCUGUGUACAACCCCAUCGUGUACGCCAUCAGCCACCCCAAGUACCGUGCUGCUCUGGAAAAGAAAUUACCGUGCCUGUCGUGCAGCGGCAACAAUGACUCUAACGACUCCGUGUCGGUCACCACCGCCCAAAGCGAGCAGCCCAUCACCGAGAAAACGGAGAGCGCUUGAAUUUUUUCCAUGGUUUUCCAUUGUCCUUAAAACCCUUGACCUAGAGAUACUUCCAAAAGUGUUGAUUUUGUUUUCGUGUUAAUUUGGUUGCUUAGAUCACCGAUCCUUGUCCUCUUUCUUUCCAAUAAACCCUGCAAUUGCUUUAAAAAUA